AAAACACAGCAAAAGAAAAAAAAUGUGACAACGCCUAAAAAUAUACUACAACUUUUAAAUAAUUAUAAAGUUAUUGCAAUAAAAUAUAACAAUUACAUAUAAUAAUACAAUUUUAAUGCUUAGUGGCUUAGUAAAAUUAUUUAGUUAAUUUUUUUUAAAUGCGCCUGAUUGAAGAUUAUAUACUUUGUUUUUUAAUUUCAAAAUUUAAAAAUAAUACUGUGUCGUAACUGUUGCUUAAUUUAAAACUAACGUUUUAGAAAUAUUUAUUAAUAUGAAAUAAUCAGUGAAACUUUAAAUGUUAUAAAUUUGAUUAACUACAUUAUCCUGCUGUGAUAUAAAAGUGGCUUAAAAUUAUAAAAACAUCAACGGAAUCAAACUAUUUUAAUAAUUGCUCAAAUCAAUGCAACAUUUACUCUUGUUUAAAAAAUAAUAUCAAACACCCUCCCCAUGGUUUCACCUAAUUAAACUCAAAAUGCAACGAAUUGAAUACAAAUUAUGAAACACAUUUAAGCUUUUACAAACACAUUUUUAAAUUAAACUGAAAAAUAAAAAUCCUAAACUUCUUUUGAAUGAAAAUCUGUUAAAUAAAAACAAACCAUAAAAUAUCAAAAAAUUAUAUUUGAAAAAUCGAAGUGAAAGUAAUUUGUGAUUUUGUAACAAACAAGCAUAUUCAAAAUAAAAAAAUCAAACUAAAUUUAAUCAAUAAGAAAAUAUAAAAAUAAAUAUUUUAAACCAACGCUCAAAUAUAAAUGUCUUCAAACUAAGCUUUAAGCUUUCACAUUGUUAACUCAGUCCUCUGCACAAAAUUAGCCUAAUAUUGAGAGAAGACGAACAGCCUUAUCUUUUUAAAACACACCAAUUUUUGUAAUAAAGAAAUACAAUCUAAUUAAAAUUUUAUAUUUUGAAAAAGCCAUAUCAUAAGUUGCUUUUUUCCGAUUCUGAAUUAUCUAUACAAAGUAUAAUAAUAAUAUUUGAAAAUGGCGGGUUCUCAUGAUUCUGGUUCGUGUGAUUGCUGUGGCACCUCAAGUGAUCGCAGCAAUGCCAAUUCAGAACGAAGACAACAACAAAACAAUAACCAACCAAGACCACAUCAGCAACAACAAAGACCCGUAUUACCACCUUUACCCAUACAACCAAUAAUGCCAGCACCACCACAUGCUGUGGCUGCUCCUGCUCCACCACCACAACAACCACCGCCUCCGCAAGUACGUGAAAAUCCGAGAUUACCACCAGAUCUACAAAAUAAUAAUGCAAACAACAACAAUAACAAUAAUAAUGGCAAUAAUUUAUCAACUCAUCACAAUGUGGCCCAUUAUGUGAAUCAAGUCAACUUACACUUGAAUUUAACCAAUAAUAAUCAUCAACAGCAAACCCAACAACAUCAGCAAUUACAACAACAAGCACAACCACCUCAAUUAGCACGCGACUUUGUCUACAAUAACAACAACAACCAUAUUUAUGUUAAUCCACACUCGUAUGAUACAAACACUGCCGCUAGUCUUACCACAACAGCCUCGCAUACUGCCACUGGAUCAACUGCUGCAGCAGUAUCCCUCAACACCACAUCGACGGCAGCUGCUUUAGGAGCAGCAGCCACGGCUUCUUUGCCACCACCAGGUGGCGAUCAUGAAAAUAACAAUGGAACAGGAACGGCGGCCGGCGGGGGUGAUCUAACACGCCAGCACACUUCAACAACUCUAAGUACAUUGAACACAUAUCUCUUCCCAUGCGGAGCCGAUUCAGCCGGCACCAUUGGAGGCAUCACAUUCAACGGCAGUCAUUCAUGUGAUUUAGAUUCAAAUUUUAGCCGUAUGGUGGCCGGCAGUGAGGGCGGUAGCUCUACUAUUAGUUCUGGCUUGGGUUUCAUUAACAAAAGACGCAUCAAACGUUUGUUUGGGGUCGGUAAUGGUGGACCCUAUACUUCGGCUCUUCGUCGUCGCAGUUCCCAUUUGAUACAAUUUCAAACAGCUGCCUUGGCUGCUAAAAAACAGCAACAAAUGGAACGUGAAGCUACGGUGGCAUCGGCAAAUGCAGCCUUUUACGAACAGCAGAAGAAAAAAAAGGAGAAAAAGAAAACUCCUGGUCCGCCACCACAAGUUCGAGCCCAAGCCACUCGCCAAAUGGAUGAUCCCAUGAUGAAUCGCCCUCGCCGUAAUACGCCCAAGACCAAAGACAAAGAUGAUCCUCUACAACAACAACUUCAGAAUCCCUACGAGCAGAAGGAAAACUUAUAUGAGAAGUAUUUUUGUUUAUAUGGAAUACAAAUUAUUUUACAAUAAUCUACUGCAAUUUUAAUUGAAAAAAAAAAACCUAAAGAAUUUCAAAUUUUAAUUUCCAAAUAAAGCUUUUUCAUAUUAAACAAAGAAACAAUUAUCACAAUUUUGUUGCACUUGUUUUUGUUUUUGAUUUUUGUGGAAUAAAACGCUUAAAAAGGUUAAGUUUAAAACAACCAAAAAAAACCAAGCUAAAUAAAACGCUUUGUAUUGUUCUUUUAUUUUAUUACUCCAACGAAAAAAUAUGUAUUCUUGUGAUACAUUCGCAAUUACAUAUAUAUAUAUUUGAAAAACAAUAAAAAUUUUGCACCAUAUUAUCAUCAAUCACUUGUUAAGAAAUUUUAAACCAAAUUCUCUACAUUUUAUACACUAAAUUUAUUUUGAACAAGCUUCG